AUGGUGGGUUUGCGCAGAGCAAAGACGGUAUUUAUUGUAUUUGUAGUGGCUAUUGCCAACACAAUAGCAAAUGGGACACCCCUUGAUCCAGCUGCACCGGGUGGAGCCAAACCAGCAGCACCGGGUGGAGCUACAGCACCAGCUGGAUCACUUGACGUCAAAGCAGCAGGAGCCAAAGGAGACGGAACAACCGAUGACACUGCGGCAUUUACGGCUGCAUGGAAAACAGCAUGUGAAGCAGCAGGACCGAGUACAAUGACAGUGCCAAAGGGUGACUAUUUGGUGGAUAGCGUAGAGUUCUUAGGUCCAUGCAAGGGUCCCGUCACUUUGGAAAUGCAUGGCAAUUUGAAAGCUCCGGCUACGAUCGCUGGCGCUAAGCCUCACUGUGGAUGGGUUGAUUUUACUAAUCUAGCUGAUUUCACUUUGAAUGGAAACGGAGCCAUUUUUGACGGUCAAGGCUCACUCGCUUGGAAGGCCAAUGACUGUGCCAAAACUGGAAAAUGCAACUCUCUCCCCAUCAACAUACGAUUCACGGGUCUUACAAACUCGAAAAUUAUGGGCAUAACAUCAACGAACAGCAAACUUUUCCACAUAAACGUUCUCAACUGCAAGAACGUAACUCUUGAGAAUAUUGGUAUUGAUGCACCUCCAGAGAGUCUCAACACCGAUGGUAUCCACAUCGGAAGGUCCGUUGGUGUGAACUUAAUAGGGGCAAAGAUUAAAACAGGAGAUGACUGCGUUUCAAUAGGAGAUGGUACUGAAAAUCUCAUUGUUGAGAAUGUGGAAUGUGGACCAGGACACGGCAUUGCCGUAGGCAGUCUCGGAAGGUACCCUAAUGAGCAACCAGUUAAAGGAGUCACCGUGAGGAAAUGCCUCAUCAAGAACACCAUGAAUGGUGUUCGCGUCAAGACAUGGCCUGGAUCUCCCCCUGGUAUCGCCUCCAACAUUAUUUUUGAGGAUAUCACAAUGGACAAUGUUAGCACUCCCGUUCUCAUCGACCAAGAGUACUGUCCUUAUGCCGGCUGCAAAGUUGGGGUACCUUCUAAAGUGAAAUUAUCCGACGUGACCUUCAAGAACAUUAAGGGCACAUCAGCUACAAAGACUGCUGUGAAAUUAAUCUGCAGUUCAGGCACCCCUUGCACCAAUGUUGCUCUUGAUAACAUCAACUUGGUCCACAACGGUCCAGAAGGACCAGCUGUUGGGGCAUGUGCUAACAUGAAGCCUGUUCUCACCGGGCAGAUGAUUCCAGCUGCUUGCACUGAGAUCGCUAAAUCGGGUCCUUGA